UUAAAAUUAUUCAAUUAAUUCAUUUUCUACUCAAAUAUUUACUCCUUACCUUUUCGAUUACAGUAGUAUUCGGUAACGUAUAUUGGCCAUCAAAAAAAUGUGAAGGUCACAAGGUGUUGCGAUUUAUCCACCGUGUGAUGCUUUCCCGGCAAAUUCAAACCCUCCGCCACCUCCAAAAAUCAACCACCACCACUCAUCUCCUCCAACUCCAGUCUCUGAUCCUUAAAACCGCUCUAGAUAGAGACGAAUACUUCAUAUCCAAGUUCAUACAAUCCUCUUGUUCUGUUUCAAUCGAGUUCACAAGAUUGUUCUUUGACAGCUUAUUACCCCUCGACCCACCCCCACCCAUAUUCGCUUGUAACACAAUCAUAAGGGAGUACUCAAAGAGCUCAUCGCCACUUGAAUCGGUGAAACUGUUCUCUCAGCUCCAAAGGGUAGGCCUUAAACCCGACAAAUUCACGUACCCUUUUGUUCUCAAGUCCUGCGGCUGGUGUUUGGUAAUUGGAGUUGAUGGGGCUGUGCAUUCGUUGGUUGUUAAAAUGGGUUUUGAUUCGGAUCGGUAUGUGGGGAAUACACUGUUGAGGUUGUACUUUGGGCGUGGUGCGAUUGGGUUUGCGAGGCAGGUGUUCGAUGAAAUGUGCGAGAGAGAUGUGGUGUCUUGGAGCUCUAUAAUUGCUGGCUAUGUUGCCUGGUAUAAUGCCUUUUGAGUUUCUACAUUUACAGCCCCUUUGGAUGGUGAGAAAGGUAACUGUCCAUUUGAUGCUUUAAUGGUUUCCAAAGCGUGAAGUUGGUAAAUCAGAAUCCAAACUCCAUCACUCUGGUUAGCUUACUCUCUGCAUGUGCUCGUCUGCUCAACAUCCGCAUAGGGACAUCCAUUCAUUCGCAUGUCAUUGUUAAUAACAUCAAGCUGGAUGUUGCUUUGGGCACAGCACUUCUUGAGAUGUACUCGAAAUGUGGACGCAUAGAGGUAGCUUUACAAGUUUUCAGUUCCUUGGAAGAAAAGAAUUUGCAGUCUUGGACUAUCAUGAUAUCUGGUGUUGCAGAUCAUGGCCGCGGGGAAGAUGCUAUUUCCUUGUUUACCCAAAUGGAAGAAAAUGGCCUAAAACCUGACAGCUUGUCGUUUUCUGGAAUCCUUAGUGCAUGCAGCCAUUUGGGCCUUGUUGAGGAGGGCAAAAGGUAUUUUGAUCAGAUGGUGAACACAUAUGGUAUAAAGUCGACAAUGGAGCAUUAUGGAUGCAUGAUCGAUAUGCUUGGAAGAGCUGGGAUGAUUGAAGAAGCUUAUAGAGUAAUCAAGAGCAUGCCAAUGGAACCCAACUCCGUUAUUCUCAGGAGCUUCAUUGGUGCAUCUAAAAAUCAUGAGGAUGUCAUUUGUUUGGAUGAAAAUCUGAGGAAGCUUCUGCUUCAAAUCGAGCCUGACCUUGGAGCAAACUAUAUACUUGCUGCGCGUGUUUCGUCCGUGUCUGAAAAUUGGAACGAUGUUGCGAGUUUGAGAGAUGCCAUGAAAGGAAGACGUUUAAAGAAAGCUCCGGGAUGCAGUUGGGUGGAAGUGGACAGUGCUUCUUCUGGUGAGAUUAUUCAACCAGCUGUAGGGUAAAUUUUUCCCGUCCGUGUGGCUUAAGAAUCAUUUUUUAGUUGCAUAGACCUCAAUAUGAAUCAAAAGUAUGUGGCUGCCCCCAAUGCCUGGAAUGUUGAAGACUUGAAGACUAAUUUUCAUGGUGCUAUUUUUCGAGGAUGGAUCCUUUGGAUUUAGCGGCGGUAGUAUGAAAAGACUUAAAUUUUUUGGAUAUCACAGAACACGAUGCUCUCGACAGAAUCAUGUAGCUGUCCUCAAUUGAUUGGAACCUAAGGCUCGGUUUAUGGAUCAUUUGGCUUUGGAGUGGUACUAAAGAGAUGAUAAGAACAUGAGCAUGGGAGAGCCAAGUGGUUAAUUACCCACUCAAGUCUUGAAAUUAUGUUGAGCAUCUCAUCGAAAUGAUGUUUUUAUUGAUUCGCUGAGGGUAAAAUGGUCAUACUUUUGGAUGUACAACGAUUGUGGAUCAAAACCACUUUGGUUAGAAACUGGAUUUAACAAGCUUUUUAAAA